CAGGCCACUUGGUCCUGGUCAAGGUCAGUAUCAGCGCCCGAUGGGGCCAGGAGCUGCAUCAGGCUAUGGUGGACCCCCAGGACCCCCAAGAGGACCCCAGCCGGGUGCUACAAAUCAGAUGACAAAUCAAAAUGGGAUCAAUGCAUUUGUCAGGCCCUCUGAGAGGUCAACACCCAAUGGGUAACCAAGGUCAUCCUCAAAGCAGUAUGGCAGGACCUCCUAGUAGUAUGUCUGGGCCCCCAAGUAGUAUGACCGGACCCCAAACCAAUAUGCAAGGACCCCCACAUAGCAUGUCCGGACCUCCUAAUAUGUCAGGGCCUCCAAACAGCAUGUCUGGACCUCUGAGUAGUAUGUCUGGACCUCCGAGUAGUAUGUCUGGACCUCCGAGUAGUAUGUCUGGACCGCCAAGUAGUAUGGCUGGACCGCCAAGUAGUAUGGCUGGACCACCAAGUAGUAUGGCUGGUCCUCCAAAUAGUAUGAUGGGACCCCCAAGUAGCUAUGGCCCACCGUCAGGGCCACAUCAAAUGGGAGGCCGAGGACCCCCAAGUGGACAUGCACAACAACAGAUGGGUGGACCACCUCCCUCAAGUAUGGCUGGACCACCUGCUUCCAGUUUGCCUGGACCACCCUCAGGAUUUGGGCCACCCUCUGGCCCAGUAGGUGGUCCUCCUCAAGGUGCAAGUCAGAUGAACAUGGGCCCACCUUCUGGACCUAUGAACAUGGGCCCACCCUCUGGGCAAAUGGGCAUGGCCCAGCCUGGUAUGAACACAUCCCAAAACCAGUACAAUUACGGGGGUCAGCAGCCAGGUAUGCCCCCACUUCCUGGUGGACAGCAGCCACCCAUGGGUGGACAGUUCCCACCUGGUCCAGGUCAAGGCCAGUACAUGAGCGGUCAAACCAGCCCAGGCUAUGGGCAGCAGAAUUUUAACUAUGGAACAAACCAGGGGCAAAGACCAAUGGCUCAACCCCCACAGAAACGUCUGGACCCCAACCAGAUGCCUAGCCCAAUUCAAGUGAUAGAAGAUGAUAAAAACAACAAAAGUGGCAUAUUUCAGACACAAGGACGGGGCAUAGUACCGCCUUUAGUCACAACAGACUUUACCACACAAGAUCAAGGCAACAGUAACCCACGCUUUUUGCGCUCCACAAUGUAUAACAUACCCUGUACAUCUGAUAUGAUGAAGAGUAGCCAAAUCCCCUUUGGUCUCACUAUUACCCCUUUUGCAAGGCUACAUGAAUCAGAGCACCCACCCCCUAUCAUGAACCUGGGGGAGAUAGGCCCUGUGAGGUGUAAGAGAUGUAAAGCCUAUAUGAACCCUUACAUGCAGUUUAUAGAUGGAGGACGCAGGUUCCAGUGUGUUUUUUGUGGGGCAGCCACAGAUGUUCCUCAAGAGUAUUUCAAUCACUUAGACCACACAGGGAGGAGAGUGGAUAGCUAUGAUAGACCAGAACUCUGCCUGGGCUCUUAUGAAUUUGUUGCCACCAAAGACUACUGCAAGAAUGGAACUUUGCCAAAUUCGCCAGCUUUCAUAUUUAUGAUUGACGUGUCCUACAAUAGUGUAAAAAGUGGACUGGUUCAUUUGAUUUGUCAACAUUUAAAAGACGAUGUUUUGGUGAAUCUACCAAGAGAAAUAGGUGCUGAGGAGUCAGAAAUACAAGUUGGAUUUGUCACCUAUAGUAAAGAGUUACACUUCUAUAAUGUGAAGUCAAGCUUGGCUCAGCCCCAGAUGUUGGUGGUCUCUGACCUGGAGGAUGUAUUUGUUCCAUUGUUAGAUGGAUUCCUAGUCAAGCUGUCAGAGUCAGAGGCUGUCAUUGAUAGCCUGCUCUCUCAAAUCCCUGGCAUGUUUGCUGACUCGCGGGAAACAGAGGUUGUCUUGGGUCCUGUCAUCCAGGCCGGCUUAGACGCUCUCAAAUCUGCAGACCGGGCAGGCAAGCUGUUCAUAUUCCAUACAUCUUUACCUAUAGCUGAGGCUCCAGGAAAACUGAAAAACAGGGACGACCGAAAACUGCUUGGGACAGAGAAAGAAAAGACCAUACUGACACCUCAGGGUAACUUCUACACCAAGCUGGGUCAGGAGUGUGUGGCAGCAGGAUGCUGUGUGGACCUUUUCCUCUUCCCUAACUCAUACAUGGACCUGGCCUCCAUGGGAGAAGUACCCAGGCUCACUGGAGGGAAUGUCUACAAGUAUAACUACUUUCAAGCUGACUUGGAAGGUGAGAGAUUCCUGAGUGACCUGAAGAAGACGGUACAACGACCGAUUGCAUUUGAUGCCAUUAUGAGAGUGCGCACUAGUACAGGCAUCCGUCCUGUGGAUUUCUAUGGUAACUUCUACAUGUCCAACACAACUGAUGUGGAGCUAGCUGCCAUUGACUGUGACCAGGCUGUCACUGUGGACAUCAAACAUGAUGACAAGCUGAAUGAAACAGAGGGAGCUUAUAUACAGGUUGCGACGCUGUACACAAGUGUCAGUGGCCAGAGACGGCUGAGGAUACACAAUUUGUCCCUGAACUGCUGUACCCAGAUGGCUGACCUGUUCAGGAACUGUGAGCUGGACACCAUGAUCAACCUUAUGGCCAAACAAGCAAUCCGUAAUGUGUUGAACCACAACCCUAAGCACGUGCGAGAGGAGAUCAUGACACAGGUUUCUAACAUCCUGGCAUGUUACAGGAAGAACUGUGCCAGUCCCUCCUCAGCAGGCCAGCUGAUCCUGCCCGAGUGUAUGAAACUGCUGCCUCUCUACGGCAACUGUAUCCUGAAGAGUGACGGCAUUCAGGGAGGCUCUGAUAUAUCCACUGAUGACAGAAGUUACCUAAUGCUUAUGAUCAACUCCAUGAAUGUGCGAGCAUCACAGGUGUUCUUCUAUCCCAGAUUACUGCCUUUGCAUGACUUGGAUGAAGACGGUGACUCAAUGCCAUCUGCUAUUCGCUGUUCUGUGGACAGGCUAGAGGAAAAUGGGGUCUAUUUGCUGGAGAAUGGUGUGUCAAUGUUUAUGUGGAUUGGUCACAAUGCCAGCCCAGAAUGGAUACAGAAUGUGUUCGGAGUUCAGUCAGCAGCCCAGGUGGAUAUUGAUAAGUGCACUCUGUUGGUACUGGACACGCCAACAUCAAAGAGGGUGAAUGGUAUAAUACAGAAGAUCCGUGCUGAAAGGAGCAGAUACAUGAAGCUGACUGUGGUGAGACAGCGUGAUAAGUUGGAGCCCUGGUUCAACCACUUCCUGGUAGAGGACAAGGGGCUAUCAGGCAGUGCCUCCUAUGUGGAUUUCCUCUGUCAUAUACAUAAAGAGAUCCGCAACUUGCUCAGUUAAAGCCAUGACAGCGCCAUCCUUAAUAAUCUGCACAAGAGCAGAAAACAACUGUGUGAUAUAGCUGAGAAAUCAAGGAGAGGUUUCAUUUUGUCAGGUGUAUAACUAUACUAAGCAUGCCUCACUGACAGAAGAUCUCUGGUGUUAAGGGAAGUAACUCUCAUCUCCUUGCCCUCUGCAGAACUGCAUGUCUUUGGGAGGUAAAUGUUGGCAUGUACGACUUGGAGAUGUCUGUUAUCUUAGAGACGGCCUUAAAAAGGGAAGUGUGGAAAGAAUUAAUGAAGAUCUUUGUUUACAAUGAAAUGUAAACCGUACAGCAAAAUGUUGACAGAAGUGUAAAAUAUGACUGUAAAGUCAUCUAUUUUCUGAUACAAAUGCCAUCCAAUGCUUUGAGACUGGGCCAUAUUACAUACGGAGCAUAUAAAGUAUUUGUGCCACCUUUUUUGAAAAAUUCAAUAAUCAUGAAAUCUGCUUAUGAAAAUGCACAAAUAUGGAAUUACCUAAAUUUCUGUACAUUUCAACAGUUCGCAUUCUGCAAAUGGAUGUGUGUGGAUUGUCAUUAUUCUCAUUAUGAGAUGCUGUCACCAAGAUGCCAAAUGUACAUCAUUCUAACUUUGUUUCACAUCUGAGAAAACAUACACACCCCUUGGCUACGAUGUUCUUUUUCUGCUGAUAGCUCAGUGCAACCCUUACUGGAAAACUGUUGUGUGUAACUUCUAAUAUGGGACACACACAGUAGUUCUCCAUGAGUAUGUGUAGAACCAUCACGGGGAAAAAAUCCAAUAAUUGAACUGGAGUUUUUUUCUUGCUAAAUACAAGUGAAGAUUUGAACAGAAAAGAUAUCUCACAUUUCAUAUUUUAUGCAUGCUGUUAUUAGCCUAACCAUAGAUAUUUAUGAUAUUUCAUUGUGUCUUUGUUGAUUUUUGUUUUCAAUGAUUUGUCAUUGCCACAUCAUCCUGUAUGAAAAUAAUAUACCACUUAAGAGAAUCACUAACCUGGAAACAUUUACACCACAAGCUUGAUAUGUUCAUACGGCGUGCUAAUGUAGAACAUACGUGUAUGUUAAAAGGUUGAAUAUGAAAGAGAAGUCAGGUCUUAUAUUAUUGUACAUAUGCUUUACAUUGUAUAUAAUACACACAUGUAUUCUAUCUGGCAUUUUAGUUGCAAUAAUUUUGUUGUUUUUCCAACUAACUCCUAUCUGUGGUACAUGUAUUGCUAAUUAGGUGUGACAUAUUUUAAUGUUUUACUUUUUCUUUGCAAAGAUCUGCCUGUUCAUAAUGUAAGAAAUAGUAUUCUUGGGACGGGGAAUGGGAAUGGGGAAAAGGGCCGCAAUUAUGGGAACGACCAGUGGAAAUAAGCUGAUUUAGGCAAUAUAUGAGAAAAAACUGAUUCUCACUAUAGCAAAAUAAACAUAGAGCAAAUUAAACGUGCUUGCAUCAUCUUCGCUUUUAGUUCAGCUGACACAUGAUAAGAAGAUGACCAGAAGGUUUUCUGAUAAUACAUGUAUCGGAAGGAACAUGUAUUGACUAUGAGCCGGAGUCUGUUCAUGCUAGCUUAGCUUAUAUAUAUACACCUUCAUGUGAGGCUUAAUACUGAGUUUUAUCGCUUGACCUGUUUGUUGCUAUUGUACAUGCAAUGAACUACAUGUACAUCUUACACUUGAAAUACGACAAUGAAAAAAAUUGAGCUGUUUAAUUUAGGCGACGGAAAUGUAGACCAGUGAACUUAAAAUAUUAAUUUAUAGAGUUUUGUGUCGGACAGUUGUUAUUGUGUUAAAUGUUUUCUGGUGAUAAACAAAGUGGACACCUGAAUGAAUGACGUGUGGUUACAUGUGGCUGUGGCUGAUAUUUUGAGUACUUGUGUGACUGUUUUAGGUACUAUUGCGUAACGUGAUAUACUCUGUGGUAUUUGGGGUUAUUUUCUUCACCGUUACGCUUUGACAGGCACGUGUUCUUCUGCCUAAGCAUGUUCUGGAGUUGUGGAAUGGUUAGGUUCUUUAUGGAACCUGACUGGAAGGUUGGGUUGUGUAUGGUUGCAAAGUAUACAUCGGUGUGUCUGUGGCUCUAGGGCAUACUUGUUUCUGGAAUUUCGGAGCCAUCGAGUACUCGAGCGGUUGUGGUAUAAAUGGGAUUGUCCGUGUUCACGUGAAAAUUUGGCAAGACAUUAUAACCUGUACAAACAUGAUCAUUCAACUGUUAAAAACUGCCUGUACAAAUAAACUAUUUCUUA